AUGAAAACACAGAAAGGCCUAUUCAGAAGGUAUGCGAAGCAAGUUAUCCAGAAGUUCAUAAAGUAUACAAAGAAUUACCUAAAAGAUAUAACUGAUGAGAUAAAUGUAAAAUCAUUUAAGAAAUACAAGUACAACUUUUUCUUUGAAUUUAUUGGAUCCUUUAUUUUCGUUUUUUUCAUUUCUGUGUAUAUGUUAAAUUCAAAUCAAAAUGAGGAGUACGUAAUUAAGCACACCAAGCAAAUAAACCCAUAUGAUAGCAACGACAUAUUUAUUCCUGGUGACAAUCUCUUCGAUAAUGAAAUUAACAAUGUGCACUACGGAAAUGAUUUAAAUGGCCCAACAAGUGUAGCCAGUAUUCUAUUGGAACAGAAGAAUAAAGAAGAUGAUGCUACCUUUAAAACGAAAGAGGAACACUCCAAAGUGUACCCAAUGGUUAGCAAGGCGGAGGGGAAUAAUGGCACAAAUCGCCUGAUUGGGUCAGAAAAUAUUGAACAUGUGUCGGAAGAAACAAAAGGGAGCCUUGUGAAAAAACAUGAGAUGGGAAAAAGAACCUCCCAAGAAUAUUCUACAAAUGGCAGACAGACAACUGUGAAUGGAGUAAGUGGAAAUAAUGACUUGUUGAAAUCUGUGGAGAAGGAUGAGACAAAAAAGACUGAUUCUCCAAAUGGAUACGUUGAAAAGAGCGGAAAUAAAGAUGACAUUCUAAGGCAGUCAGCUGGACCAAGCGAGGGGGGUAUAGAAAAGGGUACCACUGGAGAUGUUCAAGGAGAGAGUAACGAAAACAUCGACAAUAACCAAAGGGAAGAAAAGACGCAGGAAGAAAGAAGCGCCAAGGAACUAAGCAAGGAAGGACUCACGAAAAAUGUCGGAACCGUCAUUUUUAAGGACCAUGUGAACGAAUUCAGUAAGAUAAAAUUAAACGACAUUAACAACAUCGAUUUGGGAGAUAUCGAUAAAUACCAAGUGAUGAAAAAUUCGGGAAAUAAACAAAAUAGCAACCAUGCAGUUUACUCCUUUUUUGGGUGUUUAAUAUAUGUCUUAUUUGUGAUAUUAGGGGCACACAUCAAUCCAGCAUAUACCUACGCGUUAUGGCUAGUGGAACCGAAAAAAUAUGGAUUUGUAAUCACCACGUGCUACGUUACAUUUCAGUACUUUGGGGGCAUCUUGGCAAGUAUCCUAUGUGCACAUAUGUACGGAAGUAUAUUUAUCUAUGCCCUGUUACCAAAAAAGGAAAUUAUGAAAACUUUUUUUUGUGAAUUCAUUUCCACCUUCCUGCUAACCCUACUGUUGUUAAGUUUGUAUAAUUACAAAAAAAAAUUUAUGGAAGAAAAUAAAAAUGAAAAUUCACUCAUUUUUAAUACGGCAAAAGGGAUUAAUAUGACAUCACUGUACACCUUCAGUAAUUAUGAAGAUAUAUAUGGAAGCGAUGUUUUUAAUUCAUCUAACUGGGGAGGCAGAAAUGAAAGGUUUCUCCUCCAUGUGGACAAUAAAUAUAUAAAAUAUAUAAUGAAUCAUAUAUUUUAUUUACUUUUCAUUUUUUUUUCAUUAUUAUUUUUUGUUUUUGUAACGAAUACGACGUUAAAUCCAAUGUUCUCCACGUCCACCCUGUACACUUACUUAUACUUUAAAUUUUUUCAAGCGAAUGGUUCUUUUCACAUCUCCUCAGUUGUGUUGUCUUUUUUAAGUGUUUCCAAGAUAUUCCAGAUGGUAAAAUUGUAUAUUACGUCGUUACCCCUGUGGAUAGGGCCGUAUGUGGGGUCAGCCUUCGCAACAGCUUUUAUGAAAUUAUUCAAGGAAGGAGAAGAAGAAAUUGUUAAUGUCAUUGAUACUAAUGUCUAUAGCACUAACAGAAGGAAUGAGACCAUGCCUUUGAUAGGAAAACAUAACGUCAAGCGAAAUGCCUACCUCGUGGAAUAUGAUGAUAAUAUUCACCAUAAUUCGAGCAACUACUUAAUUCCGAAUGUCUUUUAA